CAAAAUUGUUUAUGGAUUCUAAAAAAAUGUCGAUGAACAUUUGUCUUUUUAAAUGGUGGACGCAUUGUGAUUGUUUGAUGUAAAAAUACGUUUGCCAAUGGUAACAACCUAAAACCGACAUCAGAAAUAAGUUUCUUGUAAAUUAUUUGCGCUGAUUAAUUUAAGCAUAAAAAUGUCGGACACCAGUGAUCUUGACCGUCAAAUCGAGCAGCUUAAAAGAUGUGAGAUUAUUAUGGAAGCCGAGGUUAAGGCGUUAUGUGCAAAGGCCCGCGAAAUCCUUGUGGAAGAGAGCAACGUGCAAAGAGUAGACUCUCCGGUUACUGUAUGUGGUGACAUACACGGGCAAUUUUAUGACCUCAAGGAGUUGUUCAAAGUGGGUGGCGACGUUCCAGAGACCAAUUAUUUGUUUAUGGGUGACUUUGUGGACAGAGGAUUCUAUUCAGUUGAAACUUUCUUAUUGCUUCUAGCUUUAAAAGUACGCUACCCAGACAGAAUAACACUAAUAAGAGGUAACCAUGAAUCAAGACAGAUCACACAAGUGUAUGGCUUCUAUGAUGAAUGCCUUAGAAAAUACGGCUCCAUCACAGUCUGGAGGUAUUGCACAGAAAUAUUUGAUUACCUAUCACUGUCUGCAAUCAUCGAUGGUCGAAUAUUCUGCGUACACGGUGGGCUGAGCCCCUCCAUACAGACUCUGGAUCAGAUCCGCACCAUCGACCGCAAGCAGGAGGUGCCGCAUGAUGGGCCCAUGUGUGAUCUGCUGUGGAGUGACCCUGAAGACACACAAGGCUGGGGCGUGUCGCCGCGCGGCGCGGGCUACCUGUUCGGCUCUGACGUGGUGGCGCAGUUCAACGUGUCCAACGACAUCGACAUGAUCUGCCGCGCGCACCAGCUCGUCAUGGAGGGCUACAAGUGGCACUUCAAUGAAACUGUGCUCACUGUGUGGUCUGCCCCUAAUUACUGUUACAGAUGUGGCAAUGUAGCAGCAAUAUUAGAGUUAAAUGAGAAUCUGCAGCGCGAGUUCACAAUAUUCGAAGCUGCACCGCAAGAGUCCAGAGGUGUGCCCUCUAAGAAACCUCAAGCGGACUACUUCUUAUAAUGUUCCAUACAAUAGACAAUUGACAUGAACCAACGACGCGUCUAGUAUUACGGAUUUUUAAUUAGUAGUGACAAAAUAUUUCAAUGUGGAAAUAAUUUUAUUGUGAUUUUAAGACUGGUAAGUGUAGCGAGUUGAUUGUGUUUUAUUUUAAGAUCAAAAUAUGUUUUGGUUACCAGGCCUUCAUUCAUAUUACUAUUACUUAUUUAUACUUGAGACCAUAUCUUGUAUUAGUGAGCUGAUUAUGCCUACUUUAAAAGACUUCUAUACCAUCUUCGUGAAAGCUGACUAAGCCCCUUCAUUCAACCCCAAGUAAUAUGAAUGAAGGUAUCUGGAUACCCAUUUAGCAUUGUGUUCGCCGAAAAAUUUUAGAACGAAAAUUGACUAUUCUACGCGCGAUUAGAUUUUCGGCGUAAAAACGGCUAUAUAAUAAAACAUAAACAAUAGUAAAAUCAGAUUUAGUACAAACUAAUUUCCGUUCUAAAUAGAUUUCAACCUUGAUUUAGUGAACUGUUAUAGUAAACUUUAGGCAUUUUGUAAUUAAAGUAUUCACUCUUCCAUAUUACACUAGAUAACUUUAGAAUAAGAAUGUACCACUGUUAUGAUGAAGACAAAUUCAAUUACAUUCAGUGGUGUAAUGAAUGUUUUGAUUGGUAGGGUUGUCAAAUAUGUGAUGAACAAUAGGGAUAAGGUUAAUGUUGUAUAAAAAACAGACGUGGGCAUGGUACGUACCAGUUACUAUUAUAUUAUGAGGAUAUAAAUAAUUCUAUAAAUGGUAUAUGAACCUCUGUUAACUUUAUAAAGGACUGCUGCUAUAAACUGUUGACUAAUAUAAAACAUUUGAUACAAAAUCAUGACACCAAAAUAAAAAUUAUUUAUGACUGCUCAUAUUAGUAUGUUUCAUAGUUUAGCUAGUUAUUAUAUAAAUAUUUUUCAGACACUUAAAAACAAUCACAAUGUACUUAUUUGUUUGUACUAAUUCUUCCAGUAACAUUGUUAAAGACUAAUACAUAUUUAUCAUAUUGACUUACAUGCAGACUGACUAAAUAGCAAUAUAAUUGACUUGCGUCUGUUUUUAUGUAUUCUAAAUAAAAUAUAAAGAACCAGAGCCCAUGCAAAAUUGUCACUCAAACACUGCCGUAUCUUAUAUAACUCUUAAGGUUAAUAGUAAAUAUUUAUUAUGUAAUCAUUAAUGUGUGUUACGGUUAAGACGAGUUUGAGUAUGGCCGCGGCCACGAUACGUCAUCGCUUUGUUCUGCCUAUUAAUGUGUAGGGGGCACACGAGACUCGAAUAGGUAGGUAGAACUAUUAGGUAUAAAUGUUCAUUACAUUAGCACCGCAGGUCGGGCCGUGCGCCGUAUGUUUUCAGCCUUAUACUUAAGCCAAUGCACAACUGUUUAAAAUAAAUCACAUACCUAAGAAUAGUAAUCAUUAAUUGCAGUGUUGAACUGCAUUAGUAAUUGAAAUUAUUUUCUUAUAAUAUUGAGAUAGGUCACUAGGUGUCGUGUAAAAAUGUGCAUUUUCCAAAUAGAGUUGACUAGUAAAAUUGUGACAUGAUCUCAUUUGUUACACAGGUGUUAUAGCCCAUGUUCUAAAUCUGAUUAGUAUUCCCUGGCGGGGAGAACUCGGCUAGUAUAGUCAAUUAGGACGUACCAUGUGUAAUCAAUAAGCCUGUUAUUUAUUUACCUCAUACUGUAUUCAUAUUUCAGAAAACCUACAUGAAUUAUGAUUUUCCGUUCUUUGUUAGACAACACUUUUGUAUCUUCACUUCUUUAUUUUACAAUAAUUAAAAUGAAAUACCAUUGC